GUGCAUUGCUCCUACUAGCAGGGCUUGUGGCAUGUGGACAAAGAAUCCUGGUGUUUGUGCUAUCAACGCAAACAGCAUCCAGGCUUCAACCUGCAAAAACUUUUCAACCAGCAGAGGCCCAAAGUCAUUUGUACAAGCAGCACUUGGAGGAACAAUGCAUGAUUGGGAUGCUGUGCCAGCCGAACCCCAUGCUCAUCAACAACAUGUUCAUUUGUCAGACCUCCCCUCCUCGAAGCACCAAAACCCACCCCUGCGAUCGCUUCGGGGCGUUUUGGCGUGCAAAAGGUGGGAAAGGGGUUGGCUGCUGGUGCCACUGGCAACGGACUGGCCUGUCAUGGCCUGUCUUUGGCCUUGGAGCCCUUGGCUCUUUGACUAGGCAGCAGCGGCAAUCCAAUCAUGCAGGCAGGCAUCUGGCGGUUUUCCCAUUAUCUUCGGCUGAGUUAUUGGUGGAUGGUGAUCGGCAUGGCAUGGACGAAGUUUGUCAAGCGAUCAGGCAUUUGGAGACCGACGGCCGGCAUGUUCGUACAACAUAUUUUGCACCGCCUGAGAGAGCUCACAACAAGAAAUGGAGAAAAUUCUUCAGUGAGAUGAACAUCAAUUUCCAACCCGUUCCGCGGUCAAAAGAUCCUUCGUGCGAGGCCAAUGACAACGCAAUCACCAAGGCCUUGCUCAGAGCCUCAAGGCUUGAUCUGGAAUGUGUGGGAUUGAUCACCGCCGACUCAGAUUUCAUCGAUACCAUGCUGGAAGUGCAGAGGUCAGGAACUACCUGCUUAGUUUUUGUCCCUACCAAGCAAACAGCAAUUGGAAGAUCGUUUGAGGCAGCCGGUGUUCACACAGUCAGGUUAAAAGCCAAUUGUGAACAUAAUGUGGGUCCCAAAGUCAGGGCCUUUCUUCAUGAAAACGGAACAGGCUCAGUGCAGUUGGCAAGUCCAUUCCAAAAUAACUUGUCACAGGAAAUGUACAAUGCUCGCACGAAAUGUGUGACAGAUUUUCUUGCACGCCUUGGGUAUGGAGGAACAGGUUACACAAUUCAAAGCAUUGCCAAAUUCUGGUAUGCAAACAAGUUGGGCUCGCUGGUCGUUUUUCCGUCUCUGAUGAGCUUGGAAGCAAUGCAUGAAGUUGUGGGUGAAGAACCGGGUCUUUCAAACUGGACACACUAUGCGGAAUUUGGGAAACUCGCUUUUGUACUUCCUGUGCGCCAAGCACACAGAGGCAAGUCCAAAGCUCAAACCUAUGGGAAUUCGUUGUCACACCAGAUUUUCAAAGGCGGUGGACCAUUCAUGCUGUCCGAUUCACCUCAAAUGGUAGCGCAGGUGUUGCAGGUUUUAGGUUACUUGGAUGAUAAACUGAAUGCAGAUCUCCCAGAAGCAAUGCUUUGCUUCGUGAAUGCAGCCAGAAACAAGCAGAGGUUGAAGAAAAGAGGUAUGCUGCCAGCUCAGGGGGAGAGGCCCUCCGAUGUUGAAUCAAGGCUUCGACAGGUGUUUCUUUCAUCCGCAUUUGAUGGGCAAUGGCAAGUGAGCAAGAAUGAUGCCGCUUUCCAGAUACUCGAGGGAGCCCUGCGGAAGGCGAGAGUACUGGAGAACAUGGGUUCCAGGUGCUCCAGGCAAGAGAUGUUUGAGGCAAUGAAGACUUUUGCAGAAGUGAAGGGCCUGCCAAGGAUGAAAACCUUUAAUGGCUUGGCCUGGAGAGUCUGGCAAGCUCUCAUUGUGAGUGGAAGUGACCCCCUAAGCACGGGGACUGUGGAAUUUUGAGCGGGAAUUUGAACGGGACUGUUGACAUUUGGUGUUUGAUUUGCUGCGUUUAUGCAUCAGCUUGAAGGAGUUGAGAGCGGCCAGUGUCAGAGUGUCAAACCACAUAGGCUUCGGCAACCACAAUCCAUGCAAAGGUACCGAUUAGCAGAGCCACGGAGGUUCUUGAAGUGCACGCAUACCAGGCUGGCCCUGGCAGUGCAAUCGAACGCGUGCAGCUGGGUGCACGUACUUGAACCAUGGCGUACCUGUAGAGCUCCCCUCAUAGAGAAUAAGAACACUGCAAGGCAUGUUCGAAAAGUGGCUGUGCUUUCGGUGUUGCGUUGCCGACCUGAAAAUCACAUGCCGCAUGCAUGCGUCAAGGGUCAUUCGUCCAUGGCACUUCGACUCGACGGACGCUGCAGUCAUAUCAUCUGGUCAGGUGGCACAGAGGUGAAACAUGGUGAAACUGUUCGGUGUUGUCUCAGAUGCCUCCUAGUCGC